AUGCAGACGUUACACGAGGUUAUUGAAGACGGAUCCUUCUGGCUGCUGCCGGACCGAGACGUGCUGGACUUGAUAAGAUCGGAAUUUCCCCAAGAACUCGAACGACUAAAGAACGCGACCUUUGUGCGGAGCUCUAACGUGCCUCGUCCCCAGGGGCCUUCUAUUGCCGAAUCACUAUACGGACAAGAUUAUGCUGAGAUCAACCGCACUCUGGUCGGCGUGCUCGCGCUUCGCUGGCUUCAUAAUGACGACUAUGAUCGUUUCAUCGGUUCCCAGGGGCCCCCACCGAUUGUGCUGAAGCGCCCGUCUUUCGCAUGGCUCCGAAGUCUCUUCGACAACGGUCUCAAGAGCAUCGAAGACACAUACACGCUGAUCGUCUCCAUGGUCACCAAUGAUCUGGGCAAGGACCCCGCCCUCGCAGCGGAUUAUGCGAAGAAGGUGGGCGUCGACAUCUCGAAAGUCAACCACGACAUGAUCCUGUACUAUGCGGUCGAAGAGGGGAUGGUCCCCGCGCUAGACCGCCUGACGAAGCAGGCCCGAGACUAUCUCCUGCUGGGAAUCAAGCUGGGCUCGGAGUUCAACUUCGGACAACUCGCGCAGGCGGAGAAUGCCCCGGCCUCGCUGUCCGGUCUGCUUGACAUGCGCGGCCACGAUCGAGCCUUCGAAAUGCGCUUCAUGGAGCAGAUCCUGGACCUCGCGGGCGCGGCUGGCCACGAGGACUGGACCUGCGCCAGGAAGAUGAUCGAGCCGAUCUUCCAGUCGUACCGGAACGUCUACGAUGUGGCCCACGGCAUCAUCUACGAACAGAUGCCUCUCCGAGAGGGCUACGACAUCAUUCUCCGUCGCAAGCUCGCCCUGCUCCAUCAAGCGGGAUAUUCGCGCCAAUUCGACAUCACGCAGCCGGGAGAUCGGGCCUUGAUGCGUCUAUUCUGCCUGGGCAACACGUCGAACGCAGACAACGCGGACGUUUUCUUCUCGGCGUUCACGGAGCGCAUUCCCCCCGAAACACGAUCGCAGUUAACACACGGCUUGAACGUCGACGGCUCGGUCGAAGAACCAGCCGUCCAACCGACUUAUAUACCGGCAAUGCUGACGAAGGCCAUGGGCAAUACCGCGACUGGGUCGCAAAAGGAGAAGAUUUCCGCCGUGGCUGCGAUGUUGCGGUUCCUCGGACGGUGCUUUGUCGUCGAGCCCCAAACCCUGCAGAGACUGCCGCGUGGCGUGACGGUCAUUGAGCGGGACGUGAGGAAGAUCAUCCCCGUGCUGGAGAGCGAUGAGUUCAAGCGUGACCCAGACGUGUUGGACAAGGAGAGUAUACCGGAGGGUCAAGUCGCGAAUAUGGCGCCCGGUUUGGAGGUCUCGGGUGGGAGAGACCAAAUAUGA